AUGCCUGAAAUCACGACACCUCGUUCGGGUUCCGGUGGGAACAAUGGGAACAACAAUUAUGCUGGCUACGCCGGUCGGACGCGGCAUCGGUCGCCCCAAAGGACCCCUGCGAUGUUCCAGAACACUACACCGCAGUCAGACAAUCGGAAGUCCUUGGCUCCAGGCAGCAAUAUCAAGCACAUGUCCGGGAGGAUGGGGAAGGUAUUUUUAUCUUCGUCAGUACAAUGCAUUGGAUGAUUUCGAAUCCUUUCUCUACAACGAACUACUUUCUCUACAAGAACUACAGAUGAAAGACCCGCGUCCGGUCUUCGACAAAUCUUUCAUGCUUGCUGCGGUGAAGCAAAUAGCGACGUUUUUGACCUCCACCGGUUAUCCGCAUAGUUUGAGUGCCAAGUUCAUCCAAGGACCGUCAGGCAAAGAGUUUUAUGGCCUGAUGCAGUUUCUCUUCAGCCAGAUCGAUCCGAAUACACCACUAACAAAAAAGAUGGAUGAGGAACUGCCAGAAGCGUUGCAGAGGAUACGGUAAAAAUGCAUAAUGUCUUCGUGGCUUUAUUAGACAAAUUAUUUUUGAAUGAAAAGCAAAAGGGGUAAGGGUAUAAUCAUCUUGUUUAUGUCCUUUAUUUUACAGUUUUUUAAAACUUUUCCGAAUAAGUAUUAAGUAAAACCGUUCCUCUACGUCCACGACAAGUACAUAAUCCACAGGUAUCCCCUGAACGUGACCAAAGCCUCUCUUCUUCUCGUCGGCGCACCGACAACUUGGCCGUCUGUGUUAGGGUCUUUGCACUGGGUUGUGGAGCUCUUGUCCAUCGAUAUGAAGCUGAUCCAGCCUUAUUUGCGUGGCGAAAAGCCUCUCGUUGACGGUAGCAGAACAGCGCCAGGCAGUGGAACGCCAGGAGGGACACCGCUGAGCGGGAAAAGCUGGAAUAACGGAGAGUGGAAGCGGAAAUUCGACAUUUUAGCUCGAACCUAUAAGGCCUUCUUGCAUGGGCAGGAUGAAGUGGUCAAGGAAUUGCAUGGAGAAAAGCGGCAGCAAGCGGAGAGCAUCAGGAAAGCUAGGGAGGCAACGCUGGGCGACCUUGUUUCGGAACGAGCGUCUCUGGAAAAACGAUUGACUGAUGCGGAGAAGAGGCCACGACUUGGGGAAGUGAAGGAUCGCGUGGGACGGCUGCGGUCUGAUCUGACGAGGAAAAAGGCCAAUUUGUCGACUGAGAAGCGGAAACUUGCUGAGUUGCAGGAGGAACUCAAAUUGUUAAUUAAGGCUUGGUGUUGAUUCUUUCAUCAAUUUUUUCUAAUCUAAGUGUUUUCUUUCAUCAAGGUGGCUGCCGAUUAUCUUGUCUAAGCAUUUCCCUUCUAGGAUUCAUCGGAGUCAAGGAGUCAAGGUGGCAGAUCAUCAUGAAUUAUUGCAAGCUCAUCUAAGUUAAGGGAAAAAGCUGAGGAGCGAGCACGCGAAGUGCAGAAGUUAGACGCGGAAAAAACUCGAGUUGAGCGCGUCCUAGCAGCUCAGCCGAUCACCGUCACUGAGCAACAAGCAUUACUGAAGGAACGAAUGGAGCUGACGAAGCGCGAUACGCAACUGGGAAAGCGCGAACAAGAACUGUUGGCGGCGGAGCGAUCUAGCCAAGAAAAAAGGGACCUCUGCUUACGCCUUCGAGACGAGGCAAGAACGAAGUGCAAACAAUUCAUGGAUUAUGAAGGGAUUUUAUUUCAUCUAACUUCAUGAAGUUUCUUUUGUUAAUGUUAAUAUAAAUAUAUACAGAGCGAGGACGAUAGCGCCGGCGCUUAAUUAGUUUUAGCAGAUAGGUGAUAGUUACCCUUUUCGCUUUUCUAUCUUCUUCUGGUCUUUCUUUUUUCUAGUUAGGUCGGCUCCACCACAAAUAUAUACCGAGCGAGGUUUUGAACGACAACGAUUUAAUCAAGCUAGAAUGUAAGGGCCUACAGCCUUCCAGAUAUUACGCCCCUGGCAGGCUUGUCCCUGUUGUUGUGGUGGUGGUGUUACCGAGUAACAUCCACAACCUAAAUAGCAUGCAUUUUCAUGUUGUUCGUAUGCUGAUGGUGGUACGUUAAUCAAAGGCCAUCCAUCAUCAUCAUCCUGAGGGGUUUCAGUGCAUAAGGAUCCCGGUCGCUAUGAUCUUCACACGAUUAGACUCAUAGCCUUGAGCCUGUUGCAAUCAUAUCACUCAACGAGAACACUCAGAAGGAGAAAGACGAACGCAAGCGGAGAACCAACAGACCAAGAGAGAAGAACCAAGCGAUUCAAUUCAGGGAAUGCGGAACACCGACCGACUUGGUUGGACCUUGAUCUUCAUGCGUAACAUUCUCCCCCCGAAAUGUCUCCGUUGACGGACUUAUUUACUUAGUUGCAAGAAAAAAAAUUUUAGUACCACUAGGGGGACUAAGCGACCGGAAUUCGUUAUUUUGGGGUUGGGAAGCGAAACUAUACCAACCUAAUGCAAGACUUUAUAUAUGUGCAGGAUACGAAUGCAAAAAAAACAACGACUAGUCUAAGCUAGUUCUUCUUUUUCUUCUUCUAGUAGACUUUUCUACUAGUUUCCUCCUCUUUUCUUCUCGUUUCUCCUUUGUCCAGGUAAUCCAUGUCACCACGGGAAUGAACUGGACUCGUUUUGUUGUGCUGCUCCUCACCGGCGUCCCCGCUUGUCGCCACGAACCUGAAAAGUGUGAAUUUGGGAUUUGUAGAAUGGACCUUAUACUAGUAGUUUUCUCUACACCAUAUAACAUUAGCCAUAGAGUUUCCGCAGAUACUGGCUUCGUGAGGCCAUCAGCCCUCAUCAACCCGGUGGGGCAGUGGCGACAUCGAUCAACUAGAUCGCACACGAAGUGUAGCUUGCUUUGGUAGUGUUUACUUCCUGCACAUUUGAACUCUUGCGUCGCUUGGUCUAGUGCUGGUCUAUUGUCGACCCAUGUGGGCGGAGUAUUGGCAUAGCCCUGGUUCUUGCACUCUGUGCCGGGUACAAUAUCAACGAAAGCGAUGGAUUGCGCAUACUGAAUCGACUCACACUUAGCUACCGUCUCAGCAUGAGGCGUAGACAGUGUUACGAUCGUUUGCCGCUUGGACCUCCAAGCCACGCAAACUCCGUAGUGCGUCAUCAUCGUGCCUGUAGUUGACUUACUUGUAGACGGACAACCUUGAAAGUCCGCGUCAGAAAAAGUUCCGAUAGGAGACAUUUCGCUUACUGGUUCUGGUUCACCGCUCACGGUAAGGGGGGCGCCCUGAAUCCACAACGGCACGUAGUUCGUCUUGUAUGUUUUCCAGCUCGUCGGCGUCCACUCGACACCCACAGCCAACGUGCCCCGAAGGUACCUCAUUACCCUCUUCAGCAUUAGCUUCUGGUGGUCUUCGAAAGGACAUCAAGCCGCCGAAUUCACCGCCUCGGUGAUGUCCGGCCUAGACGACAAACUUAGAUACAUUAACUCGCCGACUACUGCCUUGUUGCUCCAUUCAGAGUCUACCCUUUUCUUCUUCACCCUUUUCCCCGUUUUCUGCGGUUUAGUCUUGUCAGACUCUGAACCUGCAGUAGCUUCACUGUCACUCUUAUCUGUGUGAAUAUCCGACAAGCUCGAAAGCUCACUCUCAUCCAUGGACUCUGGCUUCUCCUUGGCUUCCUUAGCCAAUUGACGCCAUUGGUCCCUAUGCCUCGGGCACGAUGGAGUGGACUUCUCAGCGCAGUCGAACAUAUUCCACUUUUUCAAAAUCUUUGUGGCUCUGCUCUCACCCUGAAAGAUUACCUUCUCAAAGCGUCUACCGCCGCUUUUGGUAAUUUCAUAGUGGAUGUCCACAUCGAUCCCUACAAAGUCAAACUUAUGCUUUUCGCGUGUCUCGCUGAGACGUUCGACUGAUACCGCCAUAGGCGUCGAACCAAACUCCUUGUUAACCUGACUCGCAUAGUCCUUGGCAGUUUUGUCGCCAGCCUUGCCCGGCUUCUUUGCCGUGACUAUGAUGUCAUCCACAUAGCACACCAACGUCGCGCUUAGCUUGCCUUCCGAGUCCGUGCGAUAGUAAACGCCGCCUUCUCUAGGUAAUGGCGUCCACCCCCAUUCACGAAAUUUCUUAUCAGCUAGCUUGUUCCAGGCGCGCGGUGAUUGCUUAAAACCAUAAAGAGCUUUCGUAGCUACUUUCACAGGGUCUUCGUCACCUUCUAGGACUUCCUCUGGAAGUCUGAUCAGUUCCGGCUCAGGAAGGUCCGCCUUGAUGAAUGCCUGCGUCACGUCAGCACCAUCAAUUUCCCAAUCGUGCUGAGCCGCGUGAACAAUCUGACACCUCAUGCUCACCGUGCUCGGCGUUGGUGAAAAGAUUUCGCCUUUCGUGAGGUUUUGCGUGGAACCAUCUGCCACCAUCCGCGACUUCCGGCGCCCACAGCGCUUCCGCACACGAACCAUGUGCGCACGCACCGGGCGCUUCCUCCGAAGAAGCGACUGAACCUUCAGUGGAUCUUUCUCACGCCAACACUUAGCAUCUACAAGCCCCCUAACCUCCUUCCGAUCAGCUUCCUUCCAAAGGUUUGCCUCAGGUCCCCUGGUAGCUUCCUUUCUCGAUAUGGGUCCAGAUCUUCUCUCUGAAGCUGGGACUGAAUCACGUGCGUUUGCGUCAACGUAGUUGAGCUUCUUCUUAGGCUUCGACCUACCACGCGUCUGCUCACUGCAGAGCCUAUACGCGAUCCGGCCGAUGAUCCUCGAAGCGUCCCUACUCAUGCGCGUCUUACGCUUCCUCGUGUCCUUCGACCCCUUAGGUCUACCCCGUCCGCGCUUCACUUGUGGCUGUUCCGACAUGGUUUCCUUUACCCUUCUGUCCUUCACUGUCGGGGACCUGCCCCGCAGCUGUUCUGCUUGUAGUUGUUCCACGCCACUGCUAGAGUGCUCUUUGACUUUGUCGUCAGUGCCAAGUCCACCGGAAGAAACUGCACCAGGCGCGUCUUCCCUGGCCAGGGGAUUUUGUUCCGACGGCCCUGGGCCCUGUUUUUGCUCUUGCAGCUUUUGCUCCCCCAGACUUAUAGCAACUGCCUCUACUAGUGCAGGCUGCGCUACAACUUGUUCUGGGUCCGCUGAGGAUACCCCCUCAGCUCCGUCUUUUGCUGUUGAUUCUUCACCAAGGCCCCCCGCCUUCGACUCUUGCGCCACAGCGACCCGCCCUCCCUCUUGCUUUCCAUCAGAUAACAUCUCGAGCACCUGACUUGUUCCGAAAGUCGGCUCCAUGUAUGCUGACGCAAGGGCAUCAGGCUCCGCCGUGCUUAGCAAUUCGAAUAGAAGUGGGUCCUUUAGGUGUUCAACUUUGCUUACUUUAUAGGCUUCGCAGAAUUUGAGCUGGCCGGUCUCGGCCAGGACAAACUCCCCCGCCUUGUUGUAGCUACAGUAGAGAUACGCUGACCCCUUUGGACUGUAACCUACGAACACAGCCGGCAGCCACUUGGGUGCGCUCUUGCUGGCUGGGUGUUCGUCUAGAACGAAGCACAAAGACCCAAAUCUUCUCAACUUUCCGAAGUUUGGCUUUCUCUUGUGACGUCGUUCGUACGGCGUGGUCUUUGUUCUUGUUCCAUCCUGCUCCCUGAACUCUCUCUCGCGAAUCGAAUAGAGAAAGGCUACCAGCAUCCAGCACAGGUCCGCCAACCUACCGUCGACUCCCCACAUUAGUGCCCUGACUUUGUUGCCGCAUGUUCUCCAGAAACGCUCGAUCCGAGAGUUCCUCGUAGGCGAGUAUGGUGGCGCGUACGAAUUUGCUAGGAUGUACAAGUCAGCGAGCAUCUUAGCCCACUUUUCUGUCUGAAAUUCCGGACCGUUGUCCGACCGAAUUUCCUCCGGCGGCCUUGUGUACCUCGUGAUCUUUCGCAUAGCUUCAUCGGCAUACUUGGAGGACUUUAUUGGCAACACCAUCGGGCACCGAUCAUGGUCAUCGAUGGCCCCAAAGAUGACCGUAUUGCCAAACAUGCUCUCCUGCCGGUCGCUUGCUAGAUCUUUGAAGUCAACCUGCCACCUCUGGUUUGAGCGUGUAGGUUCCCACAUAGAAGGCCUGACCUUCUUGGCCGCCAUUUUGCCGUAGUCUUGUGUCGCCAUACAGGCGGCACAAAGCAUGCCUUUUGGUAGGGGUAGGAAGUGCCCUGAUCUCUCGUGUUCCAAGACUUCGGGGCACAUGUCCUGCGUGGUUCUAAUCCCUGCUACGAUCCUUAACUCCGUGGGCAGGCCAGCUUCAAAGGAGAUGGCCACGCGUGGGAGGAGUCCACCUCCCCCGGUCCCCACGUGUUCCCCCGUUGGUCCCUUCAGUAUCACCCCACCGCCCGGUGGGAAGGAUACCAUGACCCCUGCCUGCUGCAUCUGCGGCACGGAGAUAUAGAAAUCUGAUAGCCUUGGAUGGUAGACCCCGUGGCGAAGUUCUCUCAACGAGCUACUUCUGAAAAUUCCUCCCCGUGCAGUUCCAGGAAUUUUCUCCCCCGAUGCUGCUACUAGGACGCAUCUGGCCCCGAGUUUCUUAAAGUGGUUCAGAUAUGGUGAGCAACACGACUCAGCCCCACUAUCGACUAUCGCAUCGACACACAGAUCCUGGUCUGCCUGUGUCGGCGCGUUGCGACUCCGUCGCGCGAUCCCGCUGAUUGUCCUUAUGGCCCUCACCAUAUACUGACUAACUUUGGUCCUCUUUAGCCCUUUACCUGUCCCUACAUCCGACUCGGAUGCAGCAUCGCUACCACUACUAGCAUCUGACCAAACGCUUUUACUUGAGCGUUUGUUUCUCUUGUUGUUUUGUGUCUCUUCGUUUUUACUUAAACUACUACCGUUAACCAAACUUAGCGAAGACUUCUUGUCACUUAAUCUAGAAUGUACCUUUACCGACUUGCUCCUCUGGCUUUCUUCGCUGCUGCUUAGGGUGUCCUGGCUGGUUGCGCUUGCGCUUCUUUUGCUGCCGCUGGCACUCCGGGCUCUCACGCUUCUCACGCUACUCGACCUCCCUCGGGCCGGCGUGGCGCUUCUGUCCCUCGUGUGCCUGUUGUUGUUGCUUCCGGACCUGCUUCUGUGCCGGUCUUCUCGACCUCCAGAAGGGCGUCCUCGGCUGCGGCUUCUGUUGUCUUGGCGCUCACGACCCGGACUGCGUCCCCGCAGGUCCCUGUCGUUGUUCUUGCGCUUGUUUGCCUUUGCGUCGGGGUUGUGUGGGCACCUAAACCAACCGUGGUCGUUUGUCUGGCACUUUCUGCACUUCCAACUUCUCUUUCCCGGAUCCCCUGCGCGGGGUCCUUUCGAGAUAGAAAGAAUGCUGUGCGUCUUGUCGUUCCUUUUUCCUCCGUUUCCUGCUGCCGCAAGAAGACUCUGCUCGCGCUGCUUCAAGCAGGCUUCCACAGCAGCCAAAUCCACUUCAGCUUUGUCCAGGAGAAAAGGAGCAAGAUCUUUGUAUGACUGACCUAGGUUGAUCAGGAUGCUAGCGAUCGCUAACGCCUCUGGCUUGACGUCUUUCAUAUCACGAAUUUCCUCGCGAACCGAAAUCAUCAAUUGAGAGACCGUCUUAGCCCCGCUGCUGUUGUUUGCCACGUUCAUGACCCUCUGAAUUCUCGUGAUCGUGCCUGCUAGACCUGGGCAGGCCUUUUCCAGCUCGAGUUUCGAGAAAAUCUUCCGGAUCGUUUCGUGGUCGUUGGUGUCACCCUGUCGGGCUAACCGGUGUGCCUCGCCUUCUAACGUGUUUAGAAGGACCCCCCCGAGGGUUCGCGCCUUGGUGCGAACUCUCUCGGCCUUUUCUGGUGCAAGUUCUGCCAGCCAAUCCGCGCCACCGCUGAGAAACUCCGAAAGCCCUGCCAAGUCUAACGCCUUCAGCGUACCGACCCGCCAUGUUUCGUAUUCUCUGUGGUAAGCCUCCUGGUCUCGGCCUUCGAACUUUCGGACAGCCCUGAGCGCGUCCGCCGCUCGCUUGGUGUCCUCUUCGUCCUUCCUCCGCGCACGCUCUGCGGCUCGCUCCGCCCUUUCCUCUUCCCGUUGGGUUGCUUUCGCGGUUGUUUCCUGAAUGCUUUCCCGUCUAAGUUCCUGAACCAUGGCCAUGGUGGCCGCCGUUGCCUGUCGUUGCUCUUGGCUUGCCGUUGCCAACGUGUUCACCGCUGCGACCAUGUUGUUCCAAAGCCAUGGGUUCCAAGUUCCUGAAUUUCCGGGGACCAUUCCUGAAACGUCGGCCCCGACGCCGCCACCAAUGGCGCCGGGCUGGUCUUGUCCAAUUCCGUAAGCGUUGCCGGGUUGAGCUUGUUGGACAUGUUGGGCAGAGUUCUGGCCGGGUUGACCUUGUUGGACGUGUUCGGCAGAGUUCUGGCCGGGUUGACCUUGUUGGACGUGUUGGGCAGCGUUUUGGCCGGGGUAUUCCCCUGCGCCAUCGUGUUCGAGGUUGGCCAUUUUGGAAAGUUUUAAGGGUGUGGAUGAAUGUAAGGGCCUACAGCCUUCCAGAUAUUACGCCCCUGGCAGGCUUGUCCCUGUUGUUGUGGUGGUGGUGUUACCGAGUAACAUCCACAACCUAAAUAGCAUGCAUUUUCAUGUUGUUCGUAUGCUGAUGGUGGUACGUUAAUCAAAGGCCAUCCAUCAUCAUCAUCCUGAGGGGUUUCAGUGCAUAAGGAUCCCGGUCGCUAUGAUCUUCACACGAUUAGACUCAUAGCCUUGAGCCUGUUGCAAUCAUAUCACUCAACGAGAACACUCAGAAGGAGAAAGACGAACGCAAGCGGAGAACCAACAGACCAAGAGAGAAGAACCAAACGAUUCAAUUCAGGGAAUGCGGAACACCGACCGAUUUGGUUGGACCUUGAUCUUCAUGCGUAACAUAGAAGUUAGUAGAAAUGUAAUAAAUAAGAUAUGUUUAAAAAGAUCAGUACCAUGAGAUGUGAGCUAGCAUAAACAAUUUUCAUCUUCCACAUUCUCUCUGUUUCCAUCUUCAUACACUCCACGGCCAGAAGUUCGAAGCUGCUAUGGCGCAGAAGGUCCAGGAGUUGAAUGACGGACAGGACCUCGUUGCACACCUGACGGAACAGAGAGAAGGCUUUCUGGGAAGGAUAGCAGCUUUGAGGGAAAAAAUGGACAAUCUGGAGAGCAAAAAACUCCGGAACACUGAAGGUGUGGCGGAAAAGGAAACAGUCUACGUUAAUCUGAAGGCGGAAGCCGAAAGAGAAAGGGAGGAUGGGGUAGGCUUGUUUCUUUGUUUGAUAUGUGAUAAGAUUAAUGUUUAGUUGUGCAGAGGCAAUCGCGCUUCGGACUUUUAUGGCCACCUGUCAGUUAACCUCCAAGAAAGGAUGAUAAUUCUACCUGAAAAUCUUGAAAAUCUUCGUCGUCAACCGUGUUGUCAAACAAUACAUAAGAAUUCAAUCCCCAAUAAACACCCACCAGGCAUCAUCAUUAUCCGACAAAAGACGGGAACUGAAGGAGCUGCAGAGGAAAACAGCUGAAUUACGAACUCAACGCGAGAACAUCGCUGAGUUGAUCGCCCAGCGACGACGCGAGUAUCGUGCUUCUGUUUCAUCGUUUGUUAUGAAAGAGUGAAGUAAAAUUCUCCUGUGUCGGACACACUUUUUUUCUUACGACCGUUCAAUCAUGGAUCCAAAUUGCAAUUUUGACGCUAAGGCUUGGCAUACAAGAGGCUUCAAGUGGUAGUUGCUCCUACACACGACACUUCCACUUUCAUUUCUCUAAUCCACAAACCGAGCGUGCGCAGGAAGAGCAGAACUUACGGCAAAAAGCCCGUAGUAUGCGCGAUCGUAAAACUCGGGAUUUGCAAAGUCUAGUCCGCCUAGAAAACGCCCUUUGGUCCCAGCAGCAGACAGUAGAAGCCGUCCAAAAACGGGAUUUCGAAAUGCGGUAUAUUUAUGGUUAGAUUUUGUCCAUCUGCCACAGCAUCUUGGCCACAUUUUGAAGGGGAAAAGGGAACCAAGAAGAUGCUGACCGAGAUGGAUUUAGGCAAGGUCUAAUAUAUCAAGCCAGGCCGUAAGAGUCGCGAGGCUCGCCUCUCUCUAGACCGCAUCGCGGAUCCACGAGGCUGUCUGAGACUACCAGAGGAUGAAAUCGCAGAAGAGGGGAAACGACGUGAGGAAGAGUUUGCUCGUAGUAGAGGGGCUGUUGGAGGAGGUACAGUUAUGAUCGUGUUUUAUAAUCAUCUUUCUCAGGAGCAUUUGGAUACCCUUUUCUGAUAGAUAAAAUUUAUAACGGACCACGAAAGGGCGUCGAGAUGAGUGAGAGCAGUCUCUAAUACAACAGGGCUUGGAGUAGGAGGUGGAGCGACUUCGUCUAGUCGUAUGGAGCGUUCAGGCAUCCUCUUAGAGGGAAGAGAGGAGCAACACCAGAUGAACGUAAAUGGGGUAACAUCUACUUCGCGAACGAAUGUUUCUGUCCUAUCUGCAAGAAGCAAUGCACAUGGAUUGCAGGAGAACGAUAGGUCUCGCGCUAGCAUCUUCACAUCCGCAAUCGAUGACAAGGACGACAUGAAGGCACUUGUUCCAGGCCCUCUAGGUCAACCAGGAGCUAGUUCCAGUUCGUCCUUUCCUCCUGUUACCGCUUCUUCGUCAGCGUCUCUAGGUGCGAGUGGUGCGCCGGCAUCUUCCUCUAUUAAGGGUUGAAGGAGCAUUUCAUUUUUACAAGCCUUCUUUACUUGAGAAUGCUACGAAAAAACGAAAUGCUUCAACCUUUAACUCUACGUCAGUACUGUUUGCGGAUGCGCCAGCUAUGGAGAGAGACGCGCGGAACCUGGUGAAGAGGGAAGAAAGGCAGGACGUCUUGAUGAACCGACAAAGCCAGAUGGAAACGAGCUCUGUGGAAGUAGAGAGGAUGAUACUGUCGGCAGAAGGAGUUAUGGCUAAUGAUCGUUUGAAACUUUCUGUUUGAAUGAUGUUUGUAAUUCAUGACUUUGAUUUGUCAAAAGCGUAAGUAAGAGUGCCUAGAUGAAGAGCGUAAAUAACGCAUGGGUAGAGUGUCGAAGGGUGUGCCCUCUUCUACUGGGCUGGCGAAUGAUAGUUGCCAGCGAUUUUUAACAAGGAAAAGAAGACCAUAACAUCAAGAAGAAAGAGCCACCUUUCUACUGAAUCCUGAGCAAAACUCCACUAUAGAUACAUCCUCUAAGAACAGCGAAGAUAUAGGCGUUGUCGAGCAGGUGACACCGGCAAAGCCUGGAUCUACUCCAGCGAGAAGGAAAGACAGUGAUCCAGCUCAGUUGGGAAAGGCUGUAGCUCCAACAACGUUGUCGUUUGGCCAGACUGGUAGUCGAGACACGUCAGCAGGAAGACGGGGAACCAUAGAGCAACGAAAAGGUGAGGAUGCCUUUUUAGGUGGAGAAGGAGGCCAAACUCUAGCUUCUGGAGCACUCUUUGCGCGACACGAAGCCUCGUUUAAUCCUAGUGCAAGAACGACACAGGUUGCAGUCCCUUCCGCACGCGCAGACCACAUUGGAAGCGCAGCCCUAGACCCUCUACUGGAUCGACAAGGAAGUAUCUCACCAUUGAAGAAUAAUGGGACAUCAUCUUCUAGCAGAAGUGUCUUAGACGUGAACGAGAGGAUGUUGAAUCCGAGUAUUUCGCCCCUACCUCAGAGUCGUAGUGAUAUGAGGCAUAUCCAGGAGAAUUUAACGGAUAUGCAGAGAAAAUUCGGUAUGGGAGGCACCAAUGAUGUUGAUCAUCACGGGAAAAGUUCAGCAACAACAAUGCAAUCUGGUAGUAGUACUACAACAGCUAGUGCUACGUCUGGAGGUAGGACUGGUACUGGCAUAGGUACAACUGGUACAGGUACAACCGGUACAGGUACAACUAGUGCAACCUCGAUUUUCUCAGGAGGUGGUGGCUUGUUUGGAGGAUCUAGAGGACCCUUGUUUGCGCAGACUAGUGUUUUUGGACAGCAAGUGUAUCCUAAAAAAGCAGGAGACAACUCAAACCUCCUGAACACCGAAGAGAGCCACAUCAUGAAUAGCUCGCAUGACCACGGGCACGGGCUGGCAGGGCCGGGUCUUUCAGUGCCUCCUACUCCCUUUGACCACAUAGUACAUCAACAAAAUAGUAACCUCCAGCAAAGUAGUAGUUGUAGUAGAGGACCAGGACCACUACAUUAAGGCUACAAGAACCGCUCAACAAUCAUCCUCAGCAUUAAUUAUCGAUCCUUGGCUCUUUUUCUGAGUUACUUGAAAAAGAAGCGCAACCCAAAGGAUAUCUAUCAUGACUCUCAAAAAGGAAGAUGCGAGUGCGAUACUAGCUCUAAAGACAGCACCAGCACCAGCAGCAAGGCGCACCACCGCGAACACCGUUGCCUGAUCGUUCUUUGAUGAACGCCACGAAUUCGACGUGGCAAAGCGUGGAGCAAAAAUCUUGGUUAGGGAGUGGAUUACGAGGCCUAGAACAGCCAGACCAGUAUGUGGCGAAUCCUGGUACUGGAGUUACGGCUUCCCCUAAUCCAUCUUCAGAAGUAGCAUCUUGGGGCAUUUUCUGAGGGACCCAAGAUGACUCUCAAGAUGGACGAUUCCCGGAAGGUCUAAAACAGCCUCUGGCGGUGCCGCAGCAAGAGUAGAAGGAGGUCCAACUACAGCUACUAAUGCCGCUUUCCCCUCCAGUACUUCUACCAGUGGUCUCUUCGACGCAGGCGCGGCCUUGAGAAACUUGAAUUUUGCUACUGCAGGCACGCCUACACCGACCAAAGCCAAGGCGGAACUUGUCACAGCGGAGACUCUGCAGAACCGAAUUAUGGUCGCUGAGGACCUCGUGAAAAUCAUCCCACAAGCAAAGACACCACCGUCAAGAGAUGUCCAUGUGGCUGGAACUUCUACGGCUCAGCCCCACUCGCAUCCGCCAAGUGCAAGUCGGUUACAGGACAACAGUUUCUCCAGCGCACUGCAGGAUGACAGCAAAGACGACUUUCACGAAUUUUAUCAGCGUGCUCGUGUCUUCGCCAACGCCUCGCCGAGGAAUACGGCUUCGCAGAUGAAUAAGAACAGCUAUACGUCAACAUCAGGAGGAGCUGUGGCUUCCGCCACAACAGGAGGAGGAGGCAGUUUUAGUUUCAAGAAUUCUAUCAAUGAUUAAGGCUUCCCCUCAUGGUCCAUCUUCAGAGAAGGCAUCCUAGGAGAGAGACUUCCCAAGGGGAAAAAGAGCCCAGGAUGUAUCUCAGGAUCAUGGAUUAGGGUGAGCUCUAAUAUGAAGGAGCAAACCCAAAUCACGCAUCUUCUUCAUCAAGUGGAGAAGAUGGCAAUCACAAUGUCGCCUCUGAUGCACCUCCUAGAAAAAGUUUACACAACUUUCUCAGCAGUACUAGUGGCCAUUCGAAUCAUCCGUCAUCGCAAGCUGUAGACAGGAUGAGCACCAUUUUGCAGGAAGUGGAACGAGCAAGUAGUUUCGGCGAUAACACUUCUAUUAAGGCGAGAACGAGUCGUGCUCGCGGAACUACUUUUCUAUUUAUUUUUCUCAAGCAAGUCGUCUACACAACUUUACUCUGAAUCAAUAGAAAUACUGACUUUGAAGAGUCGUGGGCAUACCUUAUUAUUUUUCUUAAGCAGUCAGAGUCACAUUUACAAACAAGAAACGUUCAAUUAUAGCAUCAAGACCUGUGAUGAUGAGUAUGGUUGCUGCUCUCUUGGGUCGUAUAUGGAACACGGCAAGAGCCAGGAGAGCAUGUCCUAAACUAGUAGAUCCUUGUCCUUGAAUGCGGACGAGCAGUAGGAAGGAUAAGUUAUAUUAUAAGUUGGAUCAUGACGCAGACACACACGCGUGACGUGAUAGUGCUCUCAAAGAAAAGAGAAUCUUCAAUGUCCUCCAAGGAGUCAAAGCAGCUUCCUUGGGUCAAGGGUAGCGAGACUAUAUUAAUAAUAACCCACGAUUGGGUACACCACUACUGCUACUAGAACAGUGCCCUCGACUGUGGUAGCUCUAACUCAAAUUGCAGCUCCAGUCUGUUAGGAGGUGACGGUCGGAAAGUGAUUUUUGAUGUCCGAGGGCGUCGAUUAAGUGACGAACGCAGAAAGAAGCGACGAUCUAACGAGAACAGUCGACCAAGCAGCGGCUUUGCUUCAUCUAAGGCUUGUUAUAUAUGUGCUUGAUUUAUUUUUGAAGGGGUCGUGUAUCUUUGGCGUUCUUUCGUUUCCUCGUAGAAGAAUAGUAUUUCCCUGGGUCUAAGGCAUACGUGCUUCUUCCUCUACAUGAGACUGAUGUCGACUGUAACAACGCUUCAAAGAUGCACUUCAAGUAGAUGAAUAUUGGUAACCUCUAAUUCAGCCACUGGAGGAGGGCAUAUUGGAGGCUCACUGGUGGUGAGCUAG